UUGGUUUCGUUUCUGCACCUACUGGAAUUAGUGUCGACGGUCAAAAUGGGAGUCCCCAAGUUUUACCGAUGGAUCUCGGAGCGGUAUCCCUGCCUCAGCGAAGUGGUGAAGGAGCAUCAGAUUCCAGAAUUUGAUAAUUUGUACCUGGAUAUGAAUGGAAUUAUUCAUCAGUGUUCCCAUCCAAAUGAUGAUGAUGUUCACUUCAGAAUUUCAGAUGACAAAAUCUUUACUGACAUUUUUCACUACUUGGAGGUGUUAUUUCGAAUUAUUAAACCUAGGAAAGUGUUCUUUAUGGCUGUUGAUGGUGUGGCUCCUCGAGCAAAAAUGAACCAGCAACGUGGAAGGCGUUUUAGGUCAGCCAAGGAGGCAGAAGACAAAAUUAAAAAAGCAAUUGAAAAGGGAGAAACGCUUCCUGCAGAAGCCAGAUUUGAUUCUAACUGUAUCACACCAGGGACUGAAUUCAUGGCCAGGUUGCAUGAACAUCUGAAGUAUUUUGUAAAUAUGAAAAUUUCCACUGACAAAUCAUGGCAAGGUGUUACCAUCUACUUCUCAGGCCAUGAGACUCCUGGAGAAGGAGAACAUAAAAUCAUGGAAUUUAUCAGAUCAGAGAAAGCAAAGCCAGAUCAUGAUCCAAACACCAGACACUGUCUUUAUGGCUUAGAUGCUGACUUGAUCAUGCUUGGAUUAACAAGUCAUGAGGCACAUUUUUCUCUCUUAAGAGAAGAAGUUCGGUUUGGUGGAAAAAAAACACAAAGGGUAUGUGCACCAGAAGAAACGACAUUUCACCUCCUACACUUGUCUUUAAUGAGAGAGUAUAUUGAUUAUGAAUUUUCAGCAUUAAAAGAAAAGAUCACAUUUGAAUAUGAUAUUGAAAAAAUCAUAGAUGAUUGGAUUUUGAUGGGAUUUCUUGUUGGCAAUGAUUUUAUCCCUCAUCUACCUCAUUUACAUAUUAAUCAUGAUGCAUUGCCUCUUCUUUAUGGAACAUACAUUGCCAUCCUGCCAGAGCUUGGAGGUUACAUUAAUGAAAGUGGACAUCUCAACUUACCUCGAUUUGAGAAAUACCUUGUGAAACUAUCAGAUUUUGAUCGAGAGCACUUCAGUGAAGUUUUUGUGGACCUUAAGUGGUUUGAAAGCAAAGUUGGUAACAAGUAUCUCAAUGAAGCAGCAGGUGCAGCAGCCGAAGAAGCCAGGAACUGUAAGGAAAAGAGAAAAUCAAAGGGCCAGGAAAAUUCUUUAAGCUUGGCUGCUUUAGACAAAAGUGAAGGUGAAGUAGUAGCUUCUGAAGAUAAUUUUGAAGAUGAGACUGAAGAUGAUGAUCUGUUUGAAACUGAAUUUAGACAAUAUAAGAGAACAUACUAUAUGACAAAGAUGGGAGUCGAUGUAGUAUCUGAUGAGUUUCUGGCUGAUCAAGCUGCUUGUUAUGUUCAGGCUAUACAGUGGAUCUUACACUAUUACUAUCAUGGAGUCCAAUCCUGGAGCUGGUAUUAUCCCUAUCAUUAUGCACCCUUCCUGUCUGAUAUCCGCAACAUCAGCGCUCUUAAAAUCCAUUUUGAACUGGGGAAACCCUUCAAGCCAUUUGAGCAGCUUCUUGCCGUCCUCCCAUCAGCUAGCAAAAAUUUGCUUCCUACCUGCUACCAGCAUUUGAUGACCAGCGAAGACUCACCAAUUAUAGAAUAUUACCCACCGGAUUUUAAAACUGAUCUAAAUGGGAAACAACAAGAAUGGGAAGCUGUGGUAUUAAUACCCUUUAUUGAUGAGAAACGAUUGUUGGAAGCCAUGGAGACGUGUAAUCACUCCCUCAAAAAGGAAGAAAGGAAAAGAAACCAACACAGUGAAUGUCUAAUGUGCUGGUAUGAUAGAGACACAGAGUUCACCUACUCCUCUCCAUGGCCAGAAAAGUUCCCUGCCAUAGAACGGUGUUGUGCAAGGUAUAAAAUAAUAUCAUUAGACGCUUGGCGUGUAGACAUAAACAAGAACAGAAUAACCAGGGUUGACCAGAAGGCUUUAUAUUUCUGUGGAUUCCCUACUUUGAAACACAUCAAACAUAAAUUUUUUUUGAAGAAAAGUGGUGUUCAAGUAUUCCAGCAGAGUAGUCGUGGUGAGAACAUGAUGUUGGAAAUCUCAGUGGAUGCAGAUUCAGAUGAACUUAGUAUAGAAAACAUCGCCUCAUCGGUGCUUGGAAAGUCGGUCUUUGUGAACUGGCCCCAUCUGGAGGAAGCUAGAGUUGUGGCCGUGUCAGACGGUGAAACUAAGUUUUACUUGGAAGAACCUCCAGGAACACAGAAGGUUUAUUUGGGGAAAACUGCUCCACCAUCUAAAGUCAUUGAACUUUCAGAUAAAGAACAGUCGAACUGGACUAAAGAAAUACAAGGAAUUUCAGAACAAUACCUAAGAAGAAAGGGAAUAGUAAUAAAUGAAACAUCUGCCGUUGUGUAUGCUCAGUUGCUCACAGGUCGUAAAUAUCAAAUCAGUCAGAAUGGUGAAGUUCAUCUGGAAAAACAAUGGUCAAAACAAAUUCUUCCUUUUGUUUAUCAAACUAUUGUUAAGGACAUCCGAGCUUUUGACUCUCGUUUCUCCAGUAUCAAAACAUUGGAUGAUUUGUUUCCUCCAAGAAGUAUGGUCUUUAUGCUGGGAACUCCUUAUUAUGGCUGCACUGGAGAAGUUCAGGAAUCAGGUGACGUGAUUACAGAAGGUAGGAUUCGUGUGGUUUUCAGCAUUCCAUGUGAGCCAAACCUUGAUGCUUUAAUACAGAACCAGCAUAAAUACUCUAUAAAGUACAACCCAGGAUAUGUGUUGGCCGGUCGCCUUGGAGUGAGUGGAUACCUUGUUUCAAGGUUUACAGGAAGUAUUUUUAUUGGAAGAGGAUCUAGGAGAAACCCUCAUGGAGACCAUAAAGCAAAUGUGGGUUUAAAUCUCAAAUUCAACAAGAAAAACGAGGAAGUCCCUGGCUAUACAAAGAAAGUUGGGAGUGAGUGGAUGUACUCAUCGGCCGCAGAGCAGCUUCUGGCAGAGUACAUGGAAAGAGCACCAGAACUGUUUAGUUAUAUAGCCAAAAACAGCCAAGAGGAUGUGUUCUAUGAGGAUGACAUCUGGCCUGGGGAAAAUGAGAAUGGCGCUGAGAAGGUUCAGGAAAUUAUCACUUGGCUAAAAGGACAUCCUGUCAGCACUCUGUCCCGCUCUUCUUGUGAUUUACACAUUCUGGAUGCAGCCAUUGUUGAAAAAAUUGAGGAAGAAGUUGAGAAGUACAAGCAAAGAAAGAGUAAUAAGAAAGUACGUGUGACAGUGAAGCCCCACCUGCUGUACAGACCCUUAGAGCAGCAGCAUGGAGUCAUCCCUGACCGGGAUGCAGAGUUCCGUCUGUUUGAUCGUGUCGUGAACGUGAGAGAGAACUUCUCAGUGCCAGUCGGCCUCCGGGGCACCAUCAUUGGAAUUAAAGGAGCUAGUAGAGAAGCUGACGUGCUGUUUGAAGUAUUAUUUGAUGAGGAAUUUCCUGGAGGCUUAACAAUAAGGUGCUCACCUGGUAGGGGUUACCGACUGCCAACAAGUGCCUUGGUGAACCUUUCUCAUGGGAGCCGAUCCGAAACUGGAAAUCAGAAGUUGACAGCCAUUGUGAAGCCACAGCCUGCUGUGAAUUACUGCAGCUCAAACUCAUCGGCUGCAUCUGGGCACUUGGGAGGCCUCAGCCAUUCUCCUCAGUCACUUUUUGUCCCUACUCAAGUACCUGCAAAAGGUGAUGAUGAAUUUUGCAACAUUUGGCAGUCUCUACAAGGAUCUGGAAAAAUCCAACCUUUUCAGUCGACGGUACAAGAGAAGGGUGCUGUUCUACCUCAAGAAAUAAGUCAAGUAGCCCAACCACAUAAAACUGGCUUUAAUGACAACAGUGUUAAAUACCAGCAAAAAACAAAACAUGACCCUCACCGAAAACUUAAGGAAGAAUAUAAGAGUCCUAAAGCUGAGUGCCAGACACAAAAAUUGUCUAAUAAGCAGACUUCUGGAGCCUCUGCCAAAUGUAAUAUUAAACUAUUGAGGAGAAAUGAAAGUCUAGGAGCCUCAGAAGCCCAAAAGGUUGUGACUGGUUACCCAACUGCUAUCGAUAAGCCUCCCUCAGGAAUUGAGAACUUUUUAGCAUCUUUGAAUAUCUCUAAAGAGAGUGAAGUGCAGUCACCUCAUCACGGGGAGCCUCCAAAUGAGGAGCAUCUGUCUCCACAGUCGUUCGCAAUGAAAGGAACACGGAUGCUUAAAGAAAUUCUAAAAAUUGAUAGCCCUGAUACAACAGACAGUAAGAAUGAUGGAAAACAAUUUGAUAAUGAAGUCACUGCUUCUCCCAAUAGAAGAGAUGAGCACGGACUCUUACCACAUCCUGAACCAAGUAAGAAGCUGGCGUGUUUUAUGAACAAGCCUCAUGGUACUAAUGAAUACCAAAAUGUUCCAUCUGUGGAUAAUGUGUGCUGGCCUGGCCACAUCCCUCCUGUGUCCACACCAGUAACCGAACUUGCUCGAAUUUGUUCCCUUGUUGGAAUGCCACAACCAGAUUUCUCCUUCCUGAGAACAACACAGACAAUGACAGUUUGUCAGGUGAAACUUUCCAAUGGUUUACUGGUACAUGGGCCACAGUGCCACUCUGAAAGUGAAGCCAAGGAGAGAGCUGCACUUUUUGCUUUACAACAACUGGGCUCCUUUGGUGUGAAUUAUCCUUUGCCUCCACCAAUAUUCCCCAAUUAUCCAACAGCUGUACCAUCUGGAACCAUUCCUCCCAUUUUUCCCCAACCUGCUGCUAAUAUGAUGCCUUCAUCGCCUCAUCUCUUUGGCUCAGUGCCAUGGAGACCACCACUGCCCGUUGCUGGGAAGGCCUUCCACCAUCCUUCUUAUCCUGGAACCAUGCCCUUGGCUGGAGGAGUGCCAAGUGGGGCGCACAAUCAGUUCAUACCUCUACAGGUUACGAAAAAAAGGGUUGCAAACAGGAAGCAUUUUGAGAAUAAGGAGGCCCAGAGUUCUCAAGCCACACCACUUCAGACUAGCCAGCCAGGAUCUUCUGAAGCCACUCAAGUAAUUCCACAAGAAAGCCCAUCAGCCUCUUUGAAGUGCUCUCAGGAUGCCCAGCCCGUGUCGUCUCAAGUGGACACUGCCGCCCAAGGCCAUGGUGUGUCCCACCAGAAACCAACACCAAGCUCCUCAAGAAGGAAAUCAAGGAAACUGGCCGUCAACUUUAGCGUUCCCAAACCUUCUGAAUAAAUUUGGUACCUGGGAAUUAAUUUCUUUUAUUUCCAUCUACCUUUUUAUAAAUUGAUAUCUAUGUGUCAGAAAUGUGCUAUUUUAGAAUAUGUUUAGAUUGAAUAUUUGUAUUUUUAAGUUAUUAGGCACUUUUCAUGCUAUUUAAGACUAUAUCAAAUUGUGCACUUUAAAUAUGUGCAAUUUGUUGUAUAUCAGUGAUACCUCAAUAAAACUAAAAAAGAUCAAAUUAAAUCUUAUAUUAAAAUAAAUAUCAAAUUGGGCAUGGUAGUUCAUGCCUAUAACCCUCAUGCUUGAGAAGCUGAGACAGGAGGAUUGCCAUAUAUUUAAGGUUAGCCAAGACUUCAUAAUGAGUCCCUGGCCAGCCUGAAACCUUGCUUCAAAACCAAAAAUAUAAAGUAGAUAUCAGUGGGCUAAAUGUUAAAAUGUACCACUCUAACUAACCAUUGGCUUCCUCAUUAGAAACAUCCUUGACCUAUAAAUUAGUCAUCAUAUUAUCAUAAUUAUAAGCUUUUUUACACUAUUAUUGAGGGAUAGUUAAAUGCAGCAUGAAUUAGGCAUCCUAAUUUCCUAAGUAUGGGUUUUACUUCUCUUUAAUGAUGUGGCAACGUGGCUGGGAGAAUGGUCCUUGCUCCAUCAUCACAUGAGUCUGUUGCCAGAGGCGGUCCCAGGAUGCCCUGGAGCCAGCGUGCUGGACCUGGAGCCAGCGUGGAGCCAGCGCACUGACUGGUGCUGCCAGCGUUGCUCUGUUCUAAACCUGUACCAAAGCAGCUCUAGAAAACCCUCCAAUCAUCCGUAUGGCUGCUUCGAACUCGGAAUAGCAAUCGAGAGUUGAGAAAUGACUUUUUUUUUUUAGAUUAUUCAAAAACCAGCAUUAAGAAUUUUUAAUAAAAUUAAGUUUCACAAUCUCCAGGGUACAAUGGUUACAAAUCAGUCUUCAAAUAGAGUACAGUGCAAAGUAUUAAUCACUUCAUUCUUGCUUAGGCUUCUUGGCUUUUGUUUGUCUUGAGAUGGGGUCUUGCUGUGUCGUGCUGGCUGGCCUAGUACCCAUGGCAGUCCUCCAGGCUCUGGGAUUCCAGCCGUGCAUCAGCACACCCACUUCUGUGACUUCUUCCCUGCUUACUUCAUGUAUGUGAAAGCUCAUCGGGGUCCAUGUGUAGAGCUUCCCUGGACUGACAAGAUUUUAAACUUUUUAAAAAUUCCAAGGUGUUUGUGUGUACGUUAUUUCCUGCCUGGCCCAUAAGUUGUGCGUUUUGGUACUUGCUGAGCUGCUCAGUGAUGCCACAUCCGUCUCUGCAUGUCGCUCAUGUCUGUUGUUCAUAUGAAAUGAUUUGGAUUUUAUGAAAUUUCUCAAUGACUUCAGGACCCACAUUUGUAUAUGGACAUAUAUUUAUCUUGUAGUUUUGUGAUAUGUUUAUAUUUUUAAGGAUAAAAUGAUCAUACUUUUUAAAAAGUAGGAACCAGUCUCUGUAUGGAGCUGCCGAUUGCUGUGUGUAAUUUCAUUAGGUCUCUGCAAACUCUGCCAUGCGUCCCUACUGCUUUUGAAAAUGCUGGUGGUGAACUGAGUUCCUUUCUCUGCUGAUUCCAGUGUUUCUCUAAAUGAGGGCAGGAUAUAUGUAUACUAGUGCCUUUAGUAUAAAAGGUAAAUGAUCGUUUCCUUCACUGUCUGUGCUCAUGUGACUUUCUGUUACUGCUUGUCCGUGCCCAGCACUUCCUCACAUGCAGGAAGCCUGGGGUAAGGCUCAGGACAUCCUCGGUGUUCUCUCAAACUCACCCUUUGCAGGCGCAGGGGAAUGCUCGGAUAUGGCGCUGUUGUGAUAGCCCCUUCCAAGAAUCCCACUCAGAUUUUUUCUACAUUCACUUACUCCUGUAUGAUGGUGCAGAGCACAGAGAAAGGAUCCCUUUGGAAAAUCGCCUGAGAGAUUUUAGGCAACACAGUGCCGUUGAACCUGUAAAAGUAGUUCUCUAAAAUUUGAGCACAAGCUAGUAAUUCUAUAUGGAGAGCCAGUAAGAAUAUUUGACCUUCCUUUUAAAAACAAAAAUAAAAAUGCUAAGAGUCAAACUUAAAGAGAAUAUAAAAUAAGAGAGGAUUGUGUAUUGGCAGAUAGGCAGUAUGAUGUAUUUUCUGCCCCCUCCCCCAAAGUCCUGUUCUCAACACAGCUCUGACGUCUAGGGCAGGUGCAGCCUCUGGAAGAUGUAGGGCAUGCCUGUCCUGACAGCUGAGCAGCUAUGAGGACACGGGAUCUAGCACAUCUCUUCAACAGCUGCACUGUGGGACCCAUACAGCUUCUACCCUCAAGAUUCGAAAAUACGCUUAGAUGGCUGUUGAAUCUAAGAAUUUUGGUGAAAAUGGUGAACUCUGGUCACAAAAAAAAAAAGGUUCUCCCUGACUGUGUUCAUGUAACUAGAAAAGUUAUUUGAUUAAACCUUCCCCUCCUUACUGGAAGCUGUUGCUAAUAUCCUUAUUCAACAAGUCUUUUUUAUGCAAAUUAAGUUAAUUUAAAGAUGGAUCCUUUUAAUCAUUGCUUCUUUUCACAAUUCUGUGUGUUACUUGGUCACUACCCUAGUUUUAAAAUUUGUCAGAUAAAAUGCAUGAAUUGACUCAAACAACUUCAUAGACUAAAGGCUUAGACAUCUAAACCUCGGUUGUGUCGGCAGAUUCUGUCCUCUGAAUCAGUUUCAGUUUGAGAUCUUCCCUGGCUGAGAAUGGUACCCAGCACAUCGUUAAUCCCGGCUCUCUGGAAGCUGCAGCAGAACUAAAUCCCAAGCAAGCCUGGGCUGUGGAGAUAGAUGCUGCCCAGAGCAGUAAGUAAUGAAGACUGCGGCUGGUCCCCUCCUUCCCCCGGUGGACAGAAUUAAGAGUACGACGGCCAUUUUCCUGUCACUAUUUCCCUUAGUGUUUAGACAGUACUAGGUUCUUGGUUCUCAGAGGAGGAGGCACAGAGAGGGAGAUAGGUAAUAUCCAGUAGUAUUUGCACACUUUGAUGUACUUUUUUUUCGGGGGGAGGGGGAGUUCCAGACAAGGUUUCUCUGUGUAGCCCUAGCUGUCCUGGAACUAGCUGUGUAGAUCAGGCGGGCCUGGAACUCACAGAGAUCCACCUGCCUCUGCCUCCCCAGUGCUGGGAUUAAAGAUGUGCACCACCACCGUCCCAAUGUACUUUUUUAUCUCAAGGAAAUAAGCUAUAGGGUUAUUUUAUUUACUCUUAUUUUAUGUGCCUGUUCUCUUUGUAUCAACAAAUAUUUUUUUCAUACUGGUUAUUUAGUUUUCUCCGUAUAUGACAGAACUCCAUGGCUCUUCACUAAAGGUAGCUCUCACACUCUUCUCUGCUAUAUUUCUUUGUACCCUCUUGCUUCCAGACUUUUCUUUUACUAUAGAAGAGAAUCUAUUAGAAAUUAUUAUGAGACGUAUAUCUUUUUUAAAAAAAUCUGUCACCAAAAAAAAUCAUUAUUUUCUUUAAAGAUUGUGAGCCUUCUACAUUUGUUUUUCAAUAAAGUGGUGUUUUUUUGCAGGCACUUCUUUUGCUAUCAAAAAAAAAUAAAGGUUAAAUUUUUAGUGUUUUUCAGACUGACAAUUCGUAUUCUCGUUAGACAUCCUUAUUUUCUGUCAGGCCAGAAAGAGACAAUCAGAGGGACAGCGGCUCUCCAGUGACGGGAGAACAGACAAGCAGGCUUAGUGCGACAGAACUGGACUUUUUUUGGAAGAGAGGACAGGAGGGGAAAGAGUUCAAAUGGCAAGAAUGUUAGAAUCACUGUGUCUGUGGGUAAAAUCUCCCUGCUCUUAGUGAUUGCUGAAGAGACUGCUUUCCAGGAGAUUGUAUUUUUUAAUCUUGAAACCUGUAGAAGUUUAUUUUCCCACCACUUGGCCCAUUGCAACCAAUUAUGACAGCAAAAGAUGGUCUGUGUAGCUGCUUAGGGUUAGAUGCCACGUUCUCAUUCUGAUUCUCUCAGAAUGAUAGGGGGAGAAUCUGCUCCACAGCCUGCUUUAAGUGCUUGCUCCCUUGGGCUCCCUCGGGCUCCCUCUUUCCUCCCCCUCCACUCCAUCCCUCUCCCCUCCUCGCCCCUACUGCAUAGCCCUUUCAGUCCCCCAGCCUCCACCUCCUAAAUUCUGAGGUUACAGUAUGGUUCCAUGCCCAGUGUGCUUUAAGUACUAUUAAUCCUGCCUUUCCUUUACAGUUACAGGUACGUGUGUGUGCGUGUGUGUGUGUGAUGUUUCAAGACAGGAAUUCUCUGUGUACCCUUGGCUGUCCUAGAACUCACUCUGUAGACCAGGCUGGCCUCGAACUCACAGAGAUCCGCCUGCCUCUGCCUCCCAAGUGCUGGGAUUAAAGGUGUGGACCACCACCACACAGCUGGAUUUUAAUUUUUAACUUUUUUAGGGGUGGGGGUGGUUCAAAUAUUUUAUAUUUCCUUCUUCCUAAACAUUACUUUGAGUGUUUUCAUUUAACACUUGAAUAGUCAGUGGUGUGCUGUGUAUCAAAGUGUUCAGCAUUUUCCUCAUUAAACUGCGGUUCAUACACAUCUAUCUUCCUUGGCUUCUUCCUCGUGUAACUAUUUUGUAAGUAACUGGAAUUUUUGAUUAGAUCUUAGAGCAGUAUUUUAUUAAAAAUUCCAAAGGGAAGACUUCUUUAUGCCCAUUUUGUAAUUUUUAUUUUAAAUAUCUUUACACUGUAUGUCAACUUUAUCUAAAGUGUUUUAAACUUACCUGGGAUGGAUUCCAAGUGUAUUGUUAUGUUGUACAUUUGUAAAUUCAUAGCACGAAUUUAACCUCAAAGUGUUGUGCAAAGGGAUUUCAACAUGCAGCGGUCACUAAAGGUCUGGACGUGUACGUGUUAAAUGUGCUGCGGUUUGAUUAAAGACUGAAUGGUGGCGUA